AAGGAUAAGCCUCCCUAGUGAGACUACAUUUGUCUCCCAUUUGCUGGAACUGCCGCAUCCUAAUCUGCACAAUGCAUUAUUGUCCAGCGCAUUGUUACCGUACACCAUUGUUAACCCUAAUCGAGGCCGUCCCCUCCCUACCCCAAUGGGCGUAUAAAGACCGGCGACCGACAAUCACUGCGACGCAUUCAACCCGAAUCCCGCAAUGUGGUGGCGUCGUCGUGUCCAGCUACUAAUAGCCCCCCUGUGGUUCCACUGCUGCUGUUGGGCCCAGCCGCCACUCCCGACGCAGCCGCUGGUCAACCUGGCCGACAUCGUGGGUGUGGUGCUGCACACCCACUUCCGGACACCGUUCGCCACCACCCUGGUGACGGUGCGAAGCGCCACCCAGCGCGGGGCCUGGCUGCAGCAGGACCUGCUCGAGCGGCUGCUCGUCCGCCACGGCCAGGGCCAGCUGGUGGUGCAGCUGGAGGGUGUGCCGUCGCCGGUCCAGCUGCUGCACCGCCAUCCGCCCUGGUCGCGCACGCUGCUGCUGGCGGAAAGCUACGACGCCCUGCGGACCGUGUUCGGCCAGCUCACGCCCGACCGGUUCGACUUUACCGGGCGCUACCUGAUCGCGCUCAGCGAGGCGCCCGCCACCCUCGCCACCGUCGACCGCAUCUUUCACGAGCUGUGGUUGCGCCAGAUCGUGAACGUGGUCGUGGCGCUGCGCCCGCUCGACGACGACCAUUCCUCCGCGGCGGCGGCGGCCGGCCCGGUCCAGCUGUGGACGUACUUCCCGUUCUCGCCCGGUCUGUGCCGCAUCCCGAAGCCCCACCUGCUGUUCACCUGGCCGAACGAUACGCUGCUGUACGGGGUCGACUUCUAUCCGCGCAAGAGCGACCAGUUCCACGGCUGCCCGCUGCGCGUGGGCAGCUUCGAGACGCGCCCGUUCACCAUCCUGGCCGGCGGGGACGGCGCGAACCCGCCGGCGGUGGGCGGCUUCGAAGGCGACCUGCUGCACAGCCUGUCCGCGCGGCUCAACUUCCGGGAGGACGUGCGGGUGCCCCCGCGCGCCCAGCAGUGGGGCGAGGCGGCGUUCGAGAACAGCACCGGCCUGAUGCGCAUGCUCUACACGGAGGAGGUCGACUUCGGCCUCUCCUGUCUCGGCGUGUCGGUCGAGCGGUCCGCCAUGCUGAAGGCGGGCAAGGUGCACUUCACCACCGACCUGGUGGUGGUGGUGCCGCCCGGCAAACCCUACACCGCCUUCGAGAAGCUGUUCCAACCGUUCCAGCCCCCGGUCUGGCUGGCGGUUGGGUUCUGCACCGGGGUCGGGCUCGGGGUGCUCGCCACCCUGCGCCUCCUGCCGCUGGACGGCCGCCGGCGGGCGACCGUGCGGCGCUACGUGGCGGGCGACGCGCGGCUCCAGGCGCCCGCCCUCAACCUGGUGCGCGUCCUGCUCUCCUCCCCGCUGCCCUUCACCCCGACCGGUACCUUCCCGCGGACGCUGCUCGCCCAGUGGAUGCUGGUGUCGCUGCUGCUGAGCCUGCUGUACCAGGGUUCGCUCUUCCAGUACCUCCAGCGGGCCUCGACCCACCCGCCGAUGCGCACGCUCGCCGAGAUCGAUCGGGCCGGCGCGCUGUACCACAUCGCGAGCUCGGCCCGCCGCUUCUUCCUGCCCUAUCCGCAGCGGCUCUCGCGGCUCCGAUACUUCCCGCCGGUGCCGGACAGCAUUGCCGCCUGGCUGCGGUGGAUGGGCAGCCAUCCGGGCGAGCCGCACGUCGCCAUGUGCACCCGGGACCACGUGGCGUACCAUAACGCGCAGCACGGCCGCACGGACGGCCGGCAGCUGCUGAUUGCGCGCGAAUCGAUGGCCCUGUACGCGAUCACCAUCCUGUACCCGAAGCGGUCCAUGCUGACCGCCAGCUUCGACCAGCACAUCGAGCGGAUCGGCUCGUCCGGCCUGCUCAAGUACUGGUCGGCCCGGUACGGGGACUACCACUUUGGGGAGUCACGCGCCUCCUCCUCCUCCACGACCGACCAGCGGGCAACGGCGACGGCCGGACCGCGACCGGUCAGCGUGGAGCAGCUGGCCGGCGCACUACAGCUGCUGCUCGGAAUGCUGCUCGCCGCGACGCUCCUCUUUCUGGUGGAGCUUGGCUGGGCGCGACACACGCGACGAUGGAGACACAACUGCUAGAAUUUGACGAACAUAACGCGUUUAUUUACACACAAAAGAGGAAGGACAAAAAUAGUAAAAAGCUCCCCGGUAUACUAAGGUACCCAAACUACUAAGAACAGUGUCACUUAAUAAAAGAAAUACAACUGAGCGAAACAUUGAGUUACCUAAAUUGAUUCACAAGAAAACGACACAACUUCUACCGAUGUGAAAGUAGACAAAGAAACCGAUUGAGAAGAUCAAAAAGAACAAGAAGACGAUGAUAAUGAUGAUGAUGAUGUAGCAAAAGAGGAAGAACAAGAAGAAGGAUCCCAAGUCCCAACGAUUCUCCAAUUUACUCAAAAAGAUGUCAAAUUUCAGUUCAACUUCGAAUAUCUCUUCCCUAACCGUAAACUGGAGAAACGUAUGAGGUCCAACCAAUUGUAGAUAGAGUAUAGUAAUAGGCUCCGGAUCACACCCAAACUACUAAGAACACUCAAUAAAAGAAUCCCAAAUGAGCAAAACAUUGAGUUACCUAAAUUGAUUCACAAGAAAAUGACACAACUUCUACCGAUGUGAAAGUAGACAUAGGAACAAGAAGAACAAGAAGAUGAUGAUGAUGAUGGAGAAGAAAAUGAGGAAGAACAAGAAGAAGGAUCUAAGCCCCAACAAAUUACCAAUUCACUCAAAAAGAUAUCAAACUUAAAUUCAACUGCAACAAAUAUCGCUUCCCGUAAGCUGGCGAAACGAAUUCAGACGAACCUAUCGCAGACAGAAUGCAGUAGCAGCCACCAGCAGCCAAGUCACAGCAUCAAAGAAUCAGCUCCAAAUAGCACUGGAUGAAAAUGACGACGAAAACAACUCACGGCGAAGGAAACAUCACAAACGAUCUCAACAUCCUAACGCUUAACCUGCUAGGAACUAGGAAGCAUCUGAAGAUCAGAAGU